AUGGCCCCGCGCGCGAAGGCAUCCACGGAGACAGUUGAGCCCGCGAGGAGGUCCUCGCGGAUCUCUGCCCAGCCCAAGCUGGAGCCUGUCGAGAAGCCGGCGAAGAAGGCUGCGGCGCCGAAGACGAAGAAAAGGACCGCCCAUGCUGAGGACGACGAGGGCGGGGAGGACGCGCCCGCCGUAAAGAAGGUGAGUUUGCAGCUGAUCUCACACUUCUGGGGCUUUUUGAGAGGUGCUCUGGGGCACAUUCAAGAAAAUACGGCUCUCCAGCCCAUUGAUAUCGGGGACGUCUUGCCUUCUUACACGCUGAAAAACGAGAAGGAUGAAGACGUGGACGUGGCCACUCUGGCCGCUGAGAAGGGCAUCGUGGUCUUCCUGGUGCCUAAGGCUGAUACCCCUGGUUGCACACAACAGGCUUGCGGAUUCCGCGAUAUAUACCCUGACUUCACGUCGUCGGGCUUCGACGUGUACUGCUUGAGCGCGGACAAGCCUGCUGCUCAAACAAAGUGGCAGACCAAGAAAAACCUGCCUUAUCCAUUACUGUCUGACCCGAAGCGCGUGCUCAUCACCGCUCUGGGCGCGGGGGAGGGAGGCAAGACGAAGCGGAGUCACUUCAUCUUUGAAAAGGGCGGCAAGCUACUCGAUAAGAAGAUUCCUGUGAAGCCCGCCGACAGCCCCAAGCUCGCCUUGGAGUUCGUCAAAAGCCUAAGCUCAUGA